AUGGAGGACUGCAAGGCAAUCAACUCACCUGUAGAGUGUGGGAUCAAAUUAUCCAAGAACGAUGGAGGAGAAAAGGUGGACCUGACAUUAUUCAAGAGUUUGGUAGGAAGCCUACGAUACUUAACUUGCACAAGGCCAUACAUACUUUAUGGCACAAGGCUCGUAAGUCGCUAUAUGGAGGUUCCAACCACUAUGCAUAUGAAGGUAGCAAAGAGAAUUCUUCACUAUCUCAAAGGUACGAUCAACUAUGGCCUGCUCUAUUCAAAUACUAAUCAAUAUAAGCUCGUCGGGUACAGUGAUAACGAUUGGGCUGGAGAUAUUGAUGAUCACAAGAGUAGAAGCGGGUUCGUGUUCUUCAUGGAAGACACCGCUUUCAUGUGGAUGUCGAAGAAACAACCCAUAGUCACACUAUCAACAUAUGAAGCUGAAUAUGUAGCUGCCACAUCCACUGUUUGUGUUCCAUCCGAAAGUGCUUUUAGUGCAGGUGCAAGGACGAUUACGGAUAGAAGGACUCGAUUAAAUCCAAAGUCCAUCAAAUGUUGCAUGCUCUUGAAGAAUUGGUUGGAUGAAGAAUAUCGAUUGAAAAACUUGAAGAGAUUAGAGAGAUAUAAGAUAGCCGAAAUGAAUGAAGAUGAAGAUAGUGAAGACGGUGAACCGGAUAUAGAAAUUAGAGCACAAGGCGACGAAAAUGAACCGGAUAUUGAGAGAUUCUAUUUUCCAACUAUGGAUUAUACCUAUUCAAGUUCUCAAGAUCCAGAUUUUACUUAUGAAUGGCAACACAUUCCGAAUUAA